UCGAGACUCGAGACCCACGCUCCCAGUUCAAAUCUUGAGAGAGAGAGAGAGAGAUAGUUUUCUGCGACACGCUCCCAGUUCAAAUUUCAAAGAGAGAGAGAGAGAGAGAGAGAGAGAGAGAGAGAGAGGUUUGGGUCUCUGGCUCUCUGCUGAUUCAUUGCGAGGCCUUGCAAGUUCUUCGAUCCAGGACCAGCGCGCCGCCGGAAGCUGCCGCAUUUUCCUGUCCCGAGAAGGCGAGAACCACCAACCCAAUGGGCCGGAGCCUGAGCCCGCUGCUCCGGCAGGAGCUGGAGAACCUGGACAAAGACGCCGACAGCCGCCGGAACGCCAUGAAGACGCUCAAGUCCUACGCCAAGCAGCUCGACUCCAAGUCCAUCCCCCACUUCCUCGCCGAGGUCUCCGACAACAAGCCCCCCGGCCUGCCCUCCGGCGAGUUCACCAUCUCGCUCUACGAGGUGCUCGCCAGGGUCCACGGCCGGAACAUCGUGCCGCAGAUCGGCAACAUCAUGUCCACCAUCACGCGCACGCUGUCCUCGAGCGGCGGCUCCUUCCCCCUGCACCAGGCGUGCUCCAAGGUGGUGCCGGCCAUAGCGCGGUACGGCAUCGACCCCUCGGCGCCCGAGGAGGAGAAGGCGCGCAUCAUCGCCUCCCUCUGCAAGCCCCUCUGCGGCGCGCUCAUGAGCGACCAGGACGGCGCCGCGUCGGGCGCCGCGCUCUGCCUCAAGGCGCUCGUCGAGUCGAGCAACUGGAGGUUUGCGUCCGGUGAGGCCGUCAACGAGGUCUGCCUGAAGGUCGCUGGGGCGAUGCACGACAGGUCGACCCGGUCCAAUGCUCACAUGGGCCUGGCAAUGGCGCUUGUCAAGCACAAUGGCCUGAUUGCAGAGGCGUAUGCGAGGUCCCUUGUGCGGUCUGCCCUGCAGGUCCUUGACGGCGACGCCGCGGAGAGCAGCUCCCAGAAGCGGCUCUCGGCGAUCCAGAUGAUCAAUUUCUUCAUGAAGUUUGUCGACCCCAGGAGCAUAUCCUCGGAGCUUGGCAAGGUGGUGGAUGUCAUGGAGCAAUGCCAGAACGACCGCAUGCCGUUCGUCCGAGGCGCCGCGUUUGAGACCUCACAGACUGCCAAGAACAUUGCUGCGCAGAAGGGGUCGAGGCACGAGGUCACCACCAGCCCGAUGGUAGGCUCCAACUUCCAAAGGAGAAGAGAGAAAAGCCCAUGCAGGAGCCUCUGGAAUGUCAAGGGCAGCAGCCCUGCAAGCUCCACCAUGUCUGCUUCACCGGUUCAGUUCCAGUCCCCUGAAUCACAGGUGGUAGACUCAACCAUCAUGUAUGGCAGUAGCACGCUCACCGAAUCGCCCAUCUCGAUCGGGCAGUCCUCUUGCAAUUUCGAUCAGAGUCGGCGCGCGAACAGGAGGUUAUGGAGCAACGAUGGUGUGGAUGUUUCUCUCAAGGAUGGCUUGUUCAUUAGGUUCUGCUCAAACGGCAAGUGCCUUGAAGAUGACCUGGGGGAGGUUUGUGACAGCGAAGUAACCGAUGCCGAUUUUGAGUGCACUGGUACAUUCACAGGGUUUGUUUCAGCUAGCCCCAACAACACCUUGUCAAGAGAUGAGACCCCCAGUCCGCAGGCCUCUGAAAGGCCAAUCAGCAUUGAUGAUGUGAAGCUAUACACGACGCCGAGAAAGCUUCUCCGAUCCCUCCAGAGUUCGUAUGACUUUGACUCUGAUCGCCACAAGGAAAAAUCAAUUAUGAAGCUGAACUGCUCAUCAUCAUCAUCGUCAUCGUCAUCAUCAUCACCACCAUCAGAUCAGGAACACAAGGAACUAACGGAGUCAUCUGAGGAUAUGCAAUCUGAGCAUUCUGAGAGCAAGACUGAAGAGGGGGACAAAGAGAUUGAAACUGCUGUUGUUAGGCCUAGGGAUAACGGCACCACUGAGAUUGUCUGCAAUGAAGAUAAAUCAGGCCUGUCUAGUACUGAAGUUGCGGAUACAACCCGCGAAGAAUCCUCUGAGGUUGAGUUCAAGGAGCUAGAUGUUUGUGUGAAAAGAAGCAGCGGGAAGACCAGGAAGUAUAAGACAAUAUUCGGUUGUCUUUUGAGCAUGAUCAUGACCGUUGUCGCAAUCAUCGCUGUGUUAAUUAGGAUAGAAGAUAGUUCUGAGGAUUAUGUUGGUCUAGUCCCCACUUGAUGUCUGUAGGUAUCCCUACUGUACCUACUGUUUAAGUUAUUGCAUUGCUUAUACCACAGUAGUGGUGGUUAGCUGGCCUAAUUAUUUUGCAGUCAUUAAUCUUUGUAUGACAGCAAACCCUUGAUUAUGCUUGUUGAUUUUGCGCC